AUGUCCAAAAAGUACUUUCAAGAUCUAGUCACCACAGUGGUUCCAGACAUCAAGAGCUCUGCCAAAUCAAGUCGCUACCGUAGCGCAAAUGAGAUCAUCACAGUGGCUUGGAAUAACCCUGCAACAAGAAUAGCUUAUAGUCGAACUGAUGGUUCAAUAAGAACAUGGAAAUUGGCCAGCUGCGACCUAGUAUCAAAACAACCAGUGAUCAUUGAAGAUUGUCAUAGAAAACAAGUUGAAUCAAUCUCUUGGAAACCAACUAGUGAAUCCACUUUGGCCUCUGUUGGUAAUGAUCAAAAUGUCAAGCUAUGGAACACUGCUAGAGGUUCUUUAAUCAAAGAAAUUGACACUGGUGUAUCUAAUAACAUCGUGGUUCAAUACUCGGGUGAUGGUAAAUUUAUUGCCACUAUAAGUAGGUCUAAUGUUGUGACUAUUAUAGAUGCCAAUGCUUAUACAAUUGUGGAAUCUUUGAAACUAGAUGAAGAUAUUUAUUCAAUUUCUUGGAAUAACACUUCUUCAUUUAUAUUCUUAGGGCUGGCUGAUGGCUCAAUUCCAAUGUAUCGCUUUGAUAAUGGGAAAUUAGAACAUGUCCUUUCUUUGAAAGGACACAGAUCUUCUAUAAAAAGUUUGAAAGUUGAAGCAAGAGCAAGAUACUUAGUUGCAGGUAGUAAUGAAGGUGUUAUAUCAGUUUGGUCCUUACAAACUUUAGCUGUUGUCAAAAUAUUUGCUGAUAUUGAUCAACCAAUUGCACAAAUUGAUGUUUCAAGAGAAGGUACUUAUAUUAGUGCAACUUAUGAAGAUGGCCAAUCUAGUAGAAUUUAUGAAAUUGAAUCAGAAGAAUGUUUCCAUGAAAUACCCAAAUGUGUUGCUGGUUCUCAAACGUUCCCAAAUUUGCAAUUUUGCCCAAUCAAAACUUUGUUUGCUUACACUUCAGACGAUGGUGAUCUUUACUUGACAAAUAAACCUGGUAAAUCUAAUCUAAGAGAAAUGAGAGACAGAGAUCCAAGGGAUUCUAGAGAUUUAAGAGACCGUCCUAGAGAUUCAAGAGCAAGAGCUGAUAUGAGAACUAGAGAUAGACAUUUUUAA